AAUGUGGACCCCACGCUCCUCCGGGCCCCACACGUCACCCUUACACCCGCGACAUGCAGCCGUUGCACUGUAGAGUUCUUCCCCUCUCUCCUCCCUACAACAUCUCCCUGCCACAGAACCUCUCUCCUUUCCCCCUCCAACCCAAGCAGGAUACUUGUUCUCUUCUUUCUUCUUCUUCUUCUUCUUCUUUUUCUUCUUCUAAUCCCACAUUUCUCCCCUUUCCUCUCGUCUCUUGAGAGGAAGCACCAAAUCCAUUCAUAUAAGUACUCCAAAAAAAACGAAAAAGGAAAAAAAAAAAAGAAAAGAGAAAGGAUGGGUCGUCCCAAUUCCUUGGCUUUCGUAGCCUCCGUCGUCGCCGCGGCGAUCGUAUUCUUGUGCUCUUCGGCGCCGGCCGACGCGAAGCUGAAGACGACGUACUACGAGCGCACGUGCCCGCGGCUGCAGGAGAUCGUGUCCAGGGUCGUCACCGACAAGCAGAUCACCAACCCCACCACCGCCGCCGGCACGCUCCGCCUCUUCUUCCACGACUGCUUCGUCGGCGGGUGCGAUGCAUCUGUUCUGAUGGCGACCAACGCGUUCCACCGCUCUGAGCGCGACGCGGACAUCAACCUCUCCCUCCCGGGCGACGCAUUCGACGCGGUGGUCCGCGCGAAGACGAACCUCGAGCUGGAGUGCCCCGGGGUGGUGUCGUGCGCGGACAUCCUGGCGUUAGCCACCCGCGACCUCGUGUCCAUGGUGGGCGGGCCGUUCUACCCGGUCCGACUGGGCCGCAAGGACUCGGUCGUCUCCGACCCGGGCGCCGUGGAGGCCAACCUCCCCCGCGCCAACACGAGCAUGUCGCAGAUCAUCUCCUUAUUCGCGUCCAAGCGAUUCACCGUCCAGGAAAUGGUUGCGCUCACGGGCGCGCACACCUUAGGAUUCGCCCACUGCAAGGAGUUCGCGGAGCGCAUUUACAACUACAACGGCGGCGGCUCCGCUGCGUUCGACCCGUCGAUGAAUCCGAGGUACGCGCAGGCGCUGCAGAAGGCGUGCGCGAAUUACAUGAAGGACUCGACGAUGGCGGCGUUCAACGACAUCACGACGCCCGGGAAGUUCGACAACGCGUACUUCCAGAACCUGGGGAGGGGGCUGGGGCUGCUCGCGUCCGACCAUGCACUGCUGGCCGACGAGAGGACGAGGCCUUUCGUCGAGCUCUACGCCGCGAACCAGUCGGCGUUCUUCGCCGACUUCGCCCACGCCAUGGAGAAGCUCAGCGUCUACGGCGUCAAGACCGGGAGGAAGGGCGAGGUGCGCCGCCGCUGCGACCUCCCCAACAACUCAUUAUAAGAGUGUUACUGUGGGGAGAGAGAAUUGGUUUUACAUAUGAUUUUAUCUUGUUAACAGCUAAAUUAAUAAGUAUGGUUAUGGUUA